CCCUCGCCAAUAGAAGUAAAAAAUACUUGAACGGUGACGUGUGAUUCCCCUUGUGUUAUAAUCUAAUCCCCUAAUAUUUUAUAUUCAGCAUUAGCCGUCUGUGGCUGCUUUAAGAUGAAUAGUAAACAGCAUAAUCGCAGUGGUGCAGAUUCUCAUCAACAACGUAGUUAUGGACGUGGUGCUAACAGAGGUAGAGUUCACGGAAGGUACAGGAAUACUCAAGGUGCCCCAGAUUGGGGACUUGUGCAAGGCCAUAGCAGUCGAAGUGACAGAGAUCAUCCUAUUGCUGCCCAAAGUAGUCUCUCAGGUCCCGGAGGAGUGCCCUGUAAAAAAAGGCCAAGAAGGUUUGGUUAUCAAUAUGUGUGCGCCCUAGUUGAAAAGGAGGACUUGGAAGAAGUAAUCAUGGAUUUGUCGAAAGACAAGGAUGGCUUCUUUGAGUUGUUGUGCGGCGAUGUGAGUGAUGACACGGUGGUCCUAAUUGUGAAGCUUCUGCGUAAAGUGUGUUCCUGCAGCUUUAGGAACGUAGUGGUCGACGUUGUGGGAACAACCCUUAAAAGCAAAUUUGUCGAUCGCCUUCUGCUUUACAUGAUUCAAAUUAUUAAUCAGGACGCGCACGCAAAGCGCUUCAACCAGCUCUUUUGGCAAAACCCCAACGAGCUCUGGGAUAACUUAAUCCACGUGGCAAAAGCGGCACUCGACAUAAUGCCGAGCGUCAGCUGCGCCUGCGUAGAGAAAAUUGCGCAGACGAUGAACAUGUGUUUUCCGUCGCUCGAGAGUCACGCUCCGGUAUCGGACGAUGUUAAAACGAACGCUGCCGAUUUGUUGGCACACGUGAAGCACGUCAUUCAAGAGAUGGAAGUCAAAAAGAGUGCCCCGGAAAAACGGAGCAGACACGGCGAUGAUAACGAACCCCCGCCCGACCAUUUUAGGGACAUACCUAUCUUUCCCACAAGCGCGGAAGUGAUUUCGCGCCAAUCCCCUUAUCUGAGGAGGAACAUCGUCGACCGACCUUACGACAGCGUCGAACAGUACUUGGAUAUCCAAUUCCGUUUGCUGCGCGAGGAUUUCGUAAGUCCGCUGCGCAAGGGAAUCUGCACAUACUUGGAAGAUCAACACAAGCCGAGGGGCGAAAGGAGGAGGCUGGAAAAUAUCAGGGUAUAUAAAGUCAAGUUUACGAACUACGAAGUCCAAAACGAAUACAACUGUUACACGCUACAGUUCGAUUUUGGUGAGAGGAAACGCAAUUUUAAGUUUGAAAAUUCGAAAAGGUUCAUGUUCGGUUCCUUGGUCUGCUUCACCGAAGACAGUUUCGCAACCCUACUGUUUGGGAUAAUCGUCAAUCGCGACAUGAAAUUGCUAGAGAAAAGCGAGUUAAUGGUGGGGUUCCAUGACGAGGUCCGCAUAGACCUCAACACCGAGUUCAUAAUGAUCGAGAGUAGCGUAUACUUCGAGCCCUACUACCAGGUCUUGGGAGUGUUGCAGAGGAUGAACACCUCGAACUUUCCUAUGAAGAAGUACAUAAUCGACGUCACGACCGACUCAAGCCCGCCUCGGUAUUUGUUACACGGGGAUCCGGUAUUGUAUGAAAUCGAAAAUCACAGCGUAUGUCCCCUUUACAUCCCGAGGGAGUUGAAUUUUUACGGGCUGAACGAAUCGCAGCUCGCCGCGUUCAAUGCGGCCUUGUCCAGGGAGUUUUGCAUCAUUCAGGGACCGCCCGGGACAGGCAAAACAUAUUUGGGUUUAAAGAUCGCCCACACGCUGCUCGCGAACCAUAGGGUUUGGUAUAAGAAUACGCCCAUGUUAGUGAUUUGUUUCACGAACCACGCACUCGAUCAAUUUUUGGAGGGCAUCGUGCCGUUAACUACACGCAUACUGCGAGUGGGGGGCCAAUCUAAAAGCCAGGCCCUCGACGAAUUCAACAUCCGCAAGAAGCGUACGAGAACGGCGAAUCCGGCCUUCAUACAAAAAACUAAAGAACUGAAAAAUACACUGGGGAAAGUUAAGUUUAUAAGCGACAUUCUCGCCAAUAUCGAUUCCAAGGCUUGUGUCAUAGAUUUCUCUGCGUUCAGCGAAGUAAUUGAUGAGUAUAAUGAGAGCUGGUUCGAUUCGGCCUAUCCGCGCGAUAUUGAAGCUUGGUUGUUAUCAGGUCGUCGAAACCAUAGUUUUGAGAGAAGAAUUUCCGAAGCGCAGUUACAGCCUAUAAACAUGUCGGUUGAUGAAGACGACAUCAUCCUUGACGAAAAUGAAACAAACAACAGCGAAGACAUUGUAUUGAUUAGUUUAGACGCGUGGAGGAAAUAUAUCGAAGAUUUAGAUAACGAAUUGGUAGCACUGGAUAAGAAUCUCGACGGCAAAAAACUUUCAGAUUUUUUGAAACGGGAAAGUGUUUUUAAUAAACUGCAGGAAACUCGUUCCAAUCUUCAAUAUGUCGAGUUUAGAUUGACAGAAUUUGGGCAAAAUCCGUUUAACAGAAUGCGACCGGAAUAUCUUAACUUGCAGCACCCAGAAAAUAUGCUCCCCGACCAAAGGUGGCAACUUUAUUUCUACUGGCUGGACCUAUAUACCACCUUCUUAAGAACGGAAUAUCGUACCCUCGUCAAUAAAUAUCAACGCAUAUAUCAAGUUUAUAACGAAUUAAGGGACAUCGAAGAUAUUCAAUUGAUGAAGGACCAUUUGGUUGUGGGGAUGACUACCACGGGGGCUGCUAGACUGCAGUCAUCCAUACAGACCUUGAAAAGUCCCAUAGUGAUCGUGGAAGAGGCGGCCGAAGUUCUGGAAGCGCACAUCGUAGCCGCUCUGACGGGCAGCUGCAGACAUCUCAUUUUAAUCGGCGACCAUUUGCAACUGAAACCGAGCGCGGCGGAUUACAAAAUCGAAACCGAUUACGGCUUGGGCACAAGUUUGUUCGAGCGUAUGGUAAACAACCGGAUCCAAUGCUACACGCUGAACGUCCAGCACAGAAUGAGACCGGAAAUAUCGUCGCUGAUCAAACCGGCGAUUUAUCGCGAUUUGCUGGACCACGAGUCGACGCAGCACAGGCCGCCCGUGUCGGGAUUGCAGAAACCGUUGUUUUUCAUCGACCAUCGGCACGAGGAGCAGCUGUGCCAAGACGAAAGCAAGAAGAAUCUGCACGAGGCGCAGUUUCUUGUCGCCCUCGCCAGGCAUUUGGUGCUGAACGGUUACGAGCCGAACCAGAUAACCAUACUCGCCGCGUAUCUGGGCCAGAUGUACGAAAUGAUGGGGGAGAAGAGGAAAGCGAUGAACCACACCUUGCUGCAGGGCCUCCGGAUCGCCGUGCUCGACAAUUACCAGGGCGAGGAGUCCGACAUUAUUUUACUGUCGUUGGUGCGCAACAACGCCGACAACAAGAUCGGUUUUCUGCGCAUCCAGAAUCGGGUGUGCGUCGCGUUAUCGCGCGCGCGCAACGGAUUUUACGUGAUGGGGAACAUGGAGAUGUUGUGCGCCGCCAAGAGCGAAAGCGACAUUUGGAAGACUGUUAAAAAAACAUUGGAGGAUCAGAACGCUAUCGGUUUCCAUUUACCGCUGAAGUGCCAGAUACAUCCUUACAAGAUAACGCACGUAUCAUUACAUGACGACUUCCUAAAGCUAGCCGAAGGUGGUUGCGACGCGCUAUGCGAAACCCUGCUCUCGUGCGGCCAUAUUUGCAAGAAAUUGUGUCACGUGCAGGACCGCGACCAUAAUUUAUAUCAGUGCCGCGAAAAGUGCACCAAAGAAUUAUGCAACGAUCCGAGUCACAUUUGCAAGAAAAUGUGCUACGAAGAGUGCGGGCUUUGCUGUUAUCCCGUAGAAAGAUCCCUGGACUGUGGCCACGUGGUAGAGUUGGAUUGCUAUAUCGAUCCGCAAAUGCACAAAUGCAAAGUACUGGUAUUCACGAAACUGCCCUGCGAACAUUCGUCGAAUAAACCUUGCGGCAUCGAUCCUAACGAGUUUCUGUGUCCGCACCCCUGCGAUACGAGGGUCGAACCGUGUGGCCACGCCUGCAGACGCCCUUGUCAUGUUAGGUUGGAUCCCGAUCAUCUUGAGUACGAGUGUCGGGAACCGUGUUCCAAACCUAGAGCGGGAUGCAGGGAACCAAACGAUUCGCACGUAUGUCCCAAACUGUGUUUCGAAAAUUGCGAACGAUGCGACGUCAAGACGAAGAAGUUCAGGAGUUGCGGUCACGUGUUCGAAAUCGCUUGUCAUCUGGACGUCGAGACCGACUUGAAGUGCGAAAAGCCUUGCAAAAAACGUCUCCAUUGCGGUCACCCGUGUCGUAGCGAAUGUUGGCAGACCUGCGAGCCGUGCAAAGUAUUGGUUCAGAAAAUCGUCCCCGAAUGUGGACAUACGGCAAAGGUCCCUUGUAGCGAAGAGCCCGCGAGGCACCAUUGCCAAGAAUGGCAGUGUCCGAGGCUGUUGUCGUGCGGCCACCCGUGCAAGAAAAAGUGUUCCCAGCCGUGCACGUCGCGGUGCACGGAAAUCGUCGAUUGCUCCAUCGAUUCUCCUUGCGGGCAUGUGAUUAAAAGGAUAAAAUGCAAUUUGAGGGACACGCGCGAUCCAGCGAUUUUGUUGGGAAACUGUUCCGAACCCUGUUCUACGGUAUUGAAAUGCGAACAUAAGUGUUGCGGCACGUGCGGCGUGUGCCUACAAGGUCGAAUCCACGCGAAAUGUGGAGAAAAGUGCGGCGCUAUUUUGGUGUGCAACCACGAAUGUCCGUCGGCGUGCAGAGACGCGUGCAUGCCCUGCACGAAGCCAUGCGAGAUGAAAUGCCAGCAUAGUAGGUGCAAAAAGAAAUGUGGCGAACCUUGCACACCGUGUAGUAAUCGUUGUCCAAGACGUUGCGCGCAUCAGCGUUGCAAAAAACUGUGCGGUCAAAUUUGCAGCGUUCCUCCAUGUACCAAAAGGUGUGGCAAGAAGCUGAAGAAAUGUGGUCAUCAGUGCGUAGGCUUCUGUGGGGAUCCGUGUCCGAGGUUGUGUCGCCACUGCGACAAAGACGAAUUGACCGAAAUAUUCCUCGGUAACGAAGACGAAGAGGACGCCAUCUAUGUGAUGUUAAAAGAUUGCGGUCACGUGUUCGAGAGCGGCGACAUGGAACGUUGGCUGAAUGCGGACUACAGUGAAAUCAAACUGAAGGUUUGUCCGCGAUGCAAGACGAACAUAACCACAACCGAACGGUACAGCGAUCACACGAAACGGGCGAUGGGUGACGUCAUCGAGGUUAAGCGCAAAGCGUACGGCGACUCCGAGGCCAAUGGUAACACUAGGAUGGAGCUAUUGCAGAAGACGUUGAUUCUGGAGGAAAUGUUUUCAAAUGCGAAAGGAAUGAUAGAAUUUUUCAAGUCCGUUUUCCGUUUAAUCCAAGACCGUUUGUACGAGGCGAAACGUCAACGCAGGCAGCCGAUAAACGCCAUGGAAUUGAACUCGAUCGGUUGGAAACUUCAGUGCUUGGAGGGGAUCCUGAAGUGUUGCGAAAGACGUCCUCCGUUGUCUACUGGCGACGAUCGCGGGUUCAAGGACCAAGUGUCAUUGUUGGAGGUGGCGUUGUCACGCAACAACGAUCACGUGUCGGACCAAGAACGGGAAGAUCUCGGGUUGGAAAUCGACAGGCUCCAGCGCAUCGUUCAGUUUGCGAAAAUCAAAUCCAAAAGGGACGCACUAUUGCCGAUUGUGAAUCAAAUCAGCACCGAGUUGUACUCGAAGGAAAGGUACACGCCCGAACGAGACGCGAAAGUGAAGAAACUUCUCGAGGAAUUGUCGUCGACGACGAUUUCCGACAGGGAAAAAAGGGAGAUAAUCGAAGCUAUGAAGAUGGGGCAGGGGCAUUGGUUCAGGUGUCCAAACGGUCACGUGUACGCCAUAGGAGAGUGCGGCGGGGCCAUGCAAGUGUCCAAGUGCAACGAAUGCGGCGCCACCAUCGGCGGUACCAAUCACCGGCUCUUGGAGGGUCAGACCUUCGCGCCGGAUUUCGAUGGUGCUACGCAGCCCGCUUGGCCCGGGGUCCACAUGUAAAAAGGGAAAAGUUACUAGCGUCCGCCAAAGAAAUCUACAUUAUUUGUUUUCACGAAUUGCCUAUUAUAAUAUUCUUAGUUUUCUUCACAUGGUUAUGUUUACUAUACCUUAAAUACAUAUAUCAAUUUGGAGUCACUUCUCAGUUUUAAUUCCAAAUCCUUUUAGACAGAUAGCCCAGUCGGGGCCGCAAAUAAGGUCAUUUUAUUCACGUAUUUAUUUU